GCCACGCCCCCGAGCUUACGUCACCAGCCCGGUUCCCUCUCCCGGGAGCGUUGGCGGACGCGCGGCUCCCACCCCUCCCCUCUCACGGGCUCUCCCCUCCCCGGUGGCGGCCGCGGCCCGACCCUCUGCAAGGCGAUGGCCCGGGCGCCGAGCGCGGGCUAGCGUGCCUGGGUGCCCGGCCAUGGGCUGUAUCGGCUCUCGGAGCCCGGCGGGUCAGGCAUUUCUGGGGACCACCAGCUGGCUGAGGCUCAGGGACAGAGACGGCUGCUCCAGUUAAAGUGGCCUCGGAUCCGGCGUGGGCUGUGGAGUGGAUCGAACUGCCUCGGGGCCUCUCUCUAUCUUCCUUGGGAUCUGCUCGGACCCUCCGAGGCUGGAGCCGGUCCUCCCGCCCUUCCUCAGUGGACAGCCAGGACUUGCCAGAGGUGAAUGUUGGAGACACAGUCGCGAUGCUGCCCAAGUCCCGAAGAGCCCUAACUAUCCAGGAGAUCGCUGCGCUGGCCAGAUCCUCCCUGCAUGGUAUUUCCCAGGUAGUGAAGGACCACGUGACCAAGCCCACUGCCAUGGCCCAGGGCCGAGUGGCUCACCUCAUUGAGUGGAAGGGCUGGAGCAAGCCAAGUGACUCGCCCGCUGCCCUAGAAUCAGCCUUUUCCUCCUACUCAGACCUCAGUGAGGGUGAACAAGAGGCUCGCUUUGCAGCAGGAGUGGCCGAGCAAUUCGCCAUUGCAGAAGCCAAGCUCCGGGCAUGGUCAUCAGUGGAUGGUGAGGACUCCACCGAUGAAUCCUAUGAUGAGGACUUUGCUGGGGGAACUGACUCAGACACGGCUGGGCAGCUGCCCCUGGGGCCCCACCUCCAGGACCUCUUCACCGGCCACCGAUUCUCCCGGCCUAUGCGCCAGGGCUCCGUGGAACCCGAGAGCGACUGCUCGCAGACCGUGUCCCCAGAGACCCUGUGCUCUAGUCUGUGCAGCCUGGAGGACGGGUUGUUGGGCUCCCCGGCCCGCCUGGCUUCCCAGCUGCUGGGCGACGAGCUGCUCCUCGCCAAACUGCCCCACAGCCGGGAAAGUGCCUUCCGCAGCCUGGGCCCAUUGGAGGUCCAGGACUCGCUCUACAGCUCGCCCCUCACAGAGUCCUGCCUUUCUCCCGCUGAGGAGGAGCCAGCCCCCUGCAAGGACUGCCAGCCGCUCUGCCUGCCGCCAGCGAGCAGCUGGGAACGGCAGCGGCAAGCCUCUGACGUAGCUUCUUCUGGGGUGGUGUCCUUAGACGAGGAUGAGGUGGAGCCAGAGGAACAGUGACCCACAUCAUGCCCGAUGGUGGCAUGUGUCCCCUGGCCGCUGCUGGGGGCAGAGCCUCUGUGCCCAAGCACGGGCGAGGCUUCCAGCAGAGCUCCAAAGCCUGGAGGGCUCCUGGGAGCACUCACUCCUCCAUUGUGUGUUUGCAUGAAAGUGUUCAGAGGAGGCAGGGGCCGGGCUGGGGGCGCAUGUCCUGCCCCCACUCCUGGGGUUUGCCGGGGGUUGCCCGGGGCCCCUGGGGCAUGGCUACAGCUGUGGCAGACAGUGAUGUUCAUGUUCUUAAAUCAAAACCACCACGUGCACAUUUCCCCCUCGGGUGAUGUGAACCCCUAUGGGGGCAGCUGUGACUGGGCUGUGUGGGGUGGAGCGGGAGGGAGCCCUGCCUCCCCGCCCCCUCCCCCUGCCUCUCCUCUGCUUCUCUCCUCACCUCCGAGUCCAUGUGUAGUGCUUGACAGAACUGCCCCCGCCCGGGGUGGGGGGCUGGCUCUGACCCUCCUGGAGCCUCUGGAUUGAGCUGUCCCCCCAAGGGCCCCUCGCCCAGCUGGGCUCGUGCUGUGCUUCACCUGUCCAUCGUCUCUAAAUCUUCUUUUUCCUAAA